GGCUUUGGCGCCCCGCUUCCGGGACGCCAGCGGAUGUUGGGGUUUGAAUCGGGUGUCGGUUAUGACACCGCUGAGCCUUCGGCGUGAGGCUCGGAGCUGGGGAUGCUGCUUGCGGAGCUGCCGUAUGGUCCCUCAGUUCGAGUGCCCUUGAAGAUUGAAGACCUUGAGGGUGCCAGUGGCCAUUGCUGAGUGAGAAAAAACAUCUUUCAAGGGAAGUUCCAAAAAGUGAACAGCUAGAAGAAAGGUACUAGAAUGAAUGAAAAUACCCUCUGCCGCUUCCAAAGCCCAGCCUGUGUCCUCUGUCAACGAACUGAUGACUGUCCCGAAAAAUAUGGAGAAAAGAGAACUUACAAGGAAUACAAUCUCACUGUUCAUUACUACUGCUUGUUGAUGUCAAGUGGAAUUUGGCAGAGGGGUGAAGAAGAUGAAGGAGUUUAUGGGUUUUUAAUCAAAGACAUUAGGAAAGAAGUAAACAGAGCUGCAAAACUGAAAUGUAAUAUCUGUAAGAAAAAAGGUGCUUCGAUUGGAUGUGUAGCACCCAAAUGCAAACGAAGUUAUCAUUUCCCUUGUGGGGUUCAAAGGGAAUGCAUUUUCCAAUUCAUGGAACAGUUUGGGUCAUAUUGUUGGGAGCACCGUCCGGUUCAGAAACUUCCAUCUGAUGAAUCUAGAGGCUCUUCACAGUGUACAAUAUGCUUGGAAUUAGUUGAGCACUUUCCAAUGUACAAUAUACUGAAAAGUCCUUGCUGUAAAAAUGCUUGGUUUCAUAGAGACUGCUUGCAGUAUCAAGCUCUGAGUGCUGGGGUAUUUUUCUUUAGGUGCACAGUUUGCAAUAAUAAAGACAAAUUUCAGAAUGAAAUGUUGAGAAUGGGAAUACACAUUCCAGAAAAAGAUGCAUCCUGGGAACUUGAGGAGAAUGCAUAUCAAGAUCUUCUGCAGCGUUACCAACACUGUGAUGCUAGAAGAUGUCUGUGCAGGAAUGGGAGAGACUAUAAUAAACCUGAUAGUAAAUGGGAAAUCAAAUGCUGUCAGUGUUGUGGUUCCCGUGGAACGCAUUUGGCCUGUUCCCCAAUACAGUCAUGGGAGGAAAACUGGGAAUGUAUAGAAUGCAGAAGUAUCUUCGCUAAGUCAGGGAAUUACCAAAAUCAGAAAAAACGCUCGUUGGCUACCUCAGAAAAAAUAGAUGUUACUGGUCGUUUGUUGGAAGAGCCCUCUCCCAAGUGCCCCAGACAGUCACCAGGAUCCCAGCACGGCUUUCUUCUCAGGCAACUAAGAAUACAAAAAAGAGAAGCUUCUAAUAUAUUGAGGGAAUUAAAGUUACAGGUUAAUAAUACAAAAACUACAAGACUGAACAUCAACAGAGACAAUAUCUGGAGUAGUGCCUUAAAAGGAUUCAGAGGGCGAAACUUCAAUCCUGCAAACACUAUGGAAGUGAAGUUCACAAAUUGCAAGAGUAGAGUAGAGACAGAUGCUUUCCAUGGAUCAAAACAUGAGUUUUUCCGAUUAUUAAUGCUUCAUCUUCAGAACUCAUCACUAUUUGAGGGCUCUUCCUCAAAGAACUUAUCUCUUGAUUCUCAAGCUAUAAAAGAGAAUUUAUACUAUGAAGCUGGCAAAAUGAUAGCAGUUUCUUUGGUUCAUGGUGGUGUACCUCCCAGUUUCUUUUCCAAAACUCUGUUUAACUGUCUUGCUUAUGGACCAGAGAAUGUGAAACCAACAGUGGAAGAUGUUGCAGAUUUUGAUGUAGCACAAACAAUAAAAAUGAUAAAAUCAUCAAGAACUCUGGCCAGCUUAAAAUCUACAAUAAGUGACAGCUAUGAAUAUCUUACUAUUGCUGGAUGUUUAAGACCUAUGACAACUCUAUGUGAUAAGGAUAUGUUGGUGAACGACUUAUUGCUCUAUCAUGUAAUUAAGCGAGUUCAUUCACCUUUUGAAAGCUUUAGGCAAGGUUUGAAAACUCUUGGUGUAUUGGAAAAAAUACAGAUGCAUCCUGAUGCAUUCUCUAGCAUAUUGUGUCACAAACCCGAGAGACUUUCAGCAAGAAUUCUUGGUGAUCUCUUUACAAUCCACUGUUUAUCAGGUGUAAACAAAGUCAAAGGUGUUGAUUUCUGGAUGGGUUAUUUACAAGAUGUGGAAGGUGGUGAGUCUGCAGCAACACUGGAAGACAUUCUGGUCUUUGCAACUGGUACCAGUUCUAUCCCACCCAUUGGUUUUGAGCCUGACCCCUCAGUUAAAUUUCUGCGUAUAAAAUACCCUGUUGGAAACAGACAACUUAACUGCUUAGAACUUCCAAUAACAAAGACAUAUGAGCAGUUUAAAAACAAAAUGGACUUUGCCAUCAGCAGCGCACUAAGACUAGAAGUAGAAUAAAUUUUUUUUGUUACUAAAGUCGAUGUCGCAAAUUCAAUUUUUCUGUUUGUGGGAUGUUCCUGCUUGUGAGCUGCUA